AUGAGAUUCGCUUACACACCUGACAACGGCGAUUUUACCAUCUCGCUUUACGAAAACAACAACAGGAUCUUCUACAGAACUUUAUCUCUCAGAAGUCGGUCAGUGUUCUGCCUUCCGAUCCUGCGAUUCGUCAAGUUCUGUUUAACAUUGUCCGACACGUAUUUCAACCAGAACAAUCUGCACACCUGUCUGAACUUAGAAACGCGAAUUUUCUUCAUGACAGUGUUGACAUUGCGUUUCAACUGCGUGGAAAUAGGCCCGAACGGGAUCAAUUGGGCGCAAAUGGAUUACAUCGCCAGCGAGAACAUGGAGGAAACGCAACAGCAGAUCGACGAACCGGCAGUCUACGACGCCGUAGACUUCGAGCAGCUGGAUCUCGAGAUCUACGCGAAUUACACGAGCGUGUUGACUCCCGAGGAGGAGGCGGAAAUUGGACAGCUGAAAUUGAAAUUGUUCGAUAAAAUUGACGAUCGUGUGAUGUUUGCUGAAUGA